GAAAAAAUAGGAACAUUAUCAGGCGGAUGGAUUUGAGUUAAGGGGACCUUCCUCGAAAGCUCUCGAAACUUCCUUGCGGCGGCGGCGCUGAUUGGCGAGGCGGAUGAAGGCGAGGCCGGUGCUGAUUGGUGGGAGACGCGGCGGCUCCGUUGUUGCUGGGCUCCGUGCUGGGGUGGGUAAGCGCGGACGUUGCUAAGUAGCUCUGUGCGCGUGCGCCCCAGAGGCGCGCCUUCGCGAGAGAGGUGUACUUCCGGCCGGAGAGGGAGGAGGGGUACUUGACUCCCGCCUCCGAAGUCCCCCGUCCCCCCACUAAAUGUUGGGUGUUCGGGCCUUAAGUGACGAAAAAGCUUCCUCUGCGGCGACUUCCCCGGGAAGGCCGCCCCGGUUCGGGUUUGGGUGGCGCGGCCCGCGCUCGUUUUUGCCGGCGUCUGCAGCGGAAGCACAAACCCGCCCCCCACCCCCAGUCUUAACGCGAUCCCGCCCUGGUCGGUUUUAGUUUUGCGCUUGGUAAUGGCGGGGUUGAAGAGCUUUAAUUACACUUGUUUAUUGGAGUCAGAAUGCUUUUGUCCUUCUCGAUCCCCACAAGGGCUCCGAGGAGAGUCAGUCAUUUAGACUCUGGUGGUGGGAACCUCUGCGGGGCCCGGGCCUCCCAGCGCCUUCAGGCCCGGAGAGGCGAGGCCCCGGCUCCAGGUGACACGGGGGCGGGCUUAGGUCUGGCUCCCGCGAAACCCGCAGUCUCUUUCCCUUCUGUUUCACCAAACUCUGGUGGGGAAAAAGAGAGAUGCAAAUUAGGGAACCGAACACCCGCUUUGAGAGCUGACGAGGAAUUCGUGUCCAAGAAAGUAAUAUCUCUCCCAUUAAUGUGUGGUGUUCAAGCGACUAAAGGCGGAGGUAGCCGGCUAAGGCCACUCUGGCUGGUUUCUCUCCACCCUGGGUGUGGCCCCGUGUCCCCCUAGGAGAUAACCCGAGGAGCGUGAGUAAGGCAGGGAGGGGCGUUGGGACCUCGGGGAUACGUGGCCCGGUGUCUGAGUCACAGAGACUGGGAUGUAAAUAAACACGCAAACGGCUGUUUGUGGCGUAAUAACCUAUCUCAGUAAGGAGUGGUCUAAAGAUUUGCACAUUAACGCAAAUUAGCUGGAUAUCACUUAGAAAAGUCAUCAAAUCACAACAUUUCUAAGCGUAAUAUUAAAAAACUGUGUCGAUGACCUUGCACUAUAGACAGGUAUGUUGAGGAGUUAACAGACACCUUGACAGUCUUGAGUGAACUAAAACUUGACUUACAAUGGAUCUGAACUUGUUUCAGCAACUAGCAUCUUCUCCUGAGUCAUACGUGUUGGUGGGGAGAAUAAACGAGAAUGGAGAUCACCUGACUGAUAGGAUGACUUAGUUCAGAGUUCCAGCAAUUGCCAGAACCAAGUGAGUCAUACAGCUUCCUGGUUUAAUGUUUUCCCAAAGUGGGACCUUCGGUGACCGCCACAAAGCAAAACGUUUUCAGAAGGAUGACAGGUGCUGUCUUUGUAAAACAAGCUCAGGACAUGAUCUCAAGUUUCAUGAGAUUGCUCUAACAGCACAGAGGCUGCUUGGGAUUCUCUCUCCCCAUCUCUGCCCUUCCCCUGCUCGCUCACUCUCAAGCGAAUACCAGGGCCUGGUGAAACACACCGGAGGCUGCCACUGUGGGGCGGUUCGUUUUGAAGUUUGGGCCUCGGCGGACUUGCACAUCUUUGACUGCAACUGCAGUAUUUGCAAGAAGAAACAGAAUAGACACUUCAUUGUCCCAGCUUCUCGCUUCAAGCUCCUGAAGGGAGCAGAGAGUAUAACCACAUACACGUUCAACACGCACAAGGCGCAGCACACGUUCUGUAAGAGAUGCGGCGUUCAGAGCUUUUACACUCCCCGCUCGAACCCUGGAGGCUUCGCUCCCGUUUGUUCCUCAUCUGUCCCGUGGAGAGGCCUUCCUGCCUGCCUUAAUCAAGAAAGGCUUUCGGAAGGUACAAGAUCCUAUAAAGGAAUCGCCCCCCAUUGCCUAGAUGAGGGCACCGUGCGGAGUGUGGUCAUUGAGGAAUUCAAUGGCACCGAUUGGGAAAAGGCCAUGAAGGAGCACAAGACCAUCAAGAACAUGUCUAAAGAGUGAGCUCCUGCUUCGCCCUUCCUGAAAAGGAGGAACGAUGGGGGCCAGCAGCUUUGCUGUCCCCGCUGCACCUCGGUGGUGCUCGUGAAUGUGGCUGACUGGGGCCACCGGCUCCGUUGGCCAGCGGCCAUCUGGAUGUUCGCAGUUCGCUCCAGCUACUGGUUUCUUUAGGCAGCUCUUUGUCCUUCCUCAGCCCAGAUUUUGGUGUAGGCUAGUUGGUAUCCUUUCUCUUCUCAACUUUUGUGUGAUCUUUUAGAAAAAUAAAUAUUUUUAACAUGAAA